AUGUUUUUAUUUAUUCCCCCAGAUGAGUACAAGACAUGGCGAGAUGACGGGAGGUGUGGGAAGUGGCAUCCUCUCCAGGACGGCCGGAGUGCUGAAUGUGACCCGGACAGUGAGCGACCCUGUUGUGAGUACUAUUACGGCUGGUGUGGGAACAAACCUGACCAGUGCUACUGUCCGGGGUGUACUGACUACAGGAUAGUCAGAAAGAUGAGACAAUCUGAAGAGGAGUGUGUUGUAGCUGCUGUAGGAGGGUUUCUUAAGAAAGUGUGCGCGAGUGAUGGGGUGAAGUCUCAGUACCAGUUCACUUGUGCCUAUUCAGAUGCGAGUUACGAGGGUAACUUCGAGUUUGACAGGGUCUCCUUUACUUAUGCUAUAAACAGUGUUACUGAUAUCUGUAAGAACGACCCGUAUUCGUACCAGGUAUGUGGAUUUAACACGGAGAUAACCAACACAGAUGUUCUGUGUGGAGGCUACUUCUGUAAGGAGGCAGCAACAACCUACAGUUUUAGCAGAUGUGAAGAGAACUGUGGGUCUCAGACAGAGUGUACCAAACCUCCAACAGAGGGUACCUCCGUUAAACUGGAGUCCUCCACAGUAUGUGACGGGAAGUGUGACCUCUGGUUAUGUGAAGAUGAAGGGGAUUGUAACGGGUACACCUACGGGGUGUUCUGCUCCAGGUAUGGUACUUACAUCUACGUGCCCCCCUACAGAGUGUGUGACGGGUAUGCAGCUUGUGAUAACUAUGAGGAUGAGCAGGACUGUCUGAUGAAUGACGUCACGUCACGUGACACCCCCCACCCCUGUCCUCAUUCCAAUCUCCUCGAAAUGGGGGAAUAUGUAGCUGUUCCUAUUCUCAACUACACGAGAUGCUCUGUGUUUGAUAUAGUGGGAUAUAACCGUCCCUACUGUCACAACUACUUAGAUCAGACUAACUGUACGGAUAUUGCACGGGUGGGGGGUUAUUGCAAUGUGAACGGGUUUAUGUCUAGUAUUUCUAAAACUAUGAUUUGUCUUGAUUAUUCUGACACACUUGGAGUCCCCAUGCCAGUGAAACUGUGUGAUGAUGGAAUGGAAAACGCUUGCAUCUCACCCUCCACUUCUUGUAGAGUACACAAACACAGGAUGUGCGAUGGAGUGAUGGACUGCUCAGAUGGUAGUGAUGAGACCAAUAAUUUGUGCAAUUUAAUGACUUCUGCUCACGAAUGUAAACGAUCGUUUGGUCGGGACACCCAAAGUUUACCCUUCCCUGUCGCCUGGAUAUUGGAUAACGAGAUAGACUGUUUGAACGGAGUCGAUGAAGAUUCAACUGUUAGUCAUUAUUCCAAUCUUGAACGUUGGAUGUUUUGUGGGGACAAGGAAAGUGGGACAUUCCGAGUUAAGUUAGACUAUGAUAACGCAUCAUGUCAGGACAUAUAUAGGUGUCCACGAGGAGCCAUCCCGUUUGUAGAUGUUGAUCUUCUGUGUGGUGAGAAUGAGACUUGCGGAAUGUCUACUUGUGAGACUGCUGGAGACCUCCCUCGCAUUGACAAUACUGUUCCGUAUCAGGGCUCAGUUAAAGAUAUAUGUCGUUAUAUGGGGGUUCCAGAGAGGGAGGUUUGUUCCGUUAAAGAAUUCUCACGACCUUUAGUUGAUGUUUUCGGAGCAGCAAGGAUCCGUGUAAACGUUCCUUCCUCCAAAAUAGAUUGCAGUAAUAUUUUUGGAGAGUCGUAUGUGUACCUAAGUUGUUUAGAUCUCUGCCUAGACUCCGUGUGCCCUCUAGAAACCACCCCCCUGAUCCACAACUCGUGUCCAGGCCAGUACCCUGACAGAAUAUACACGCUAGCUAACAAGUCAUACCUUACUUUCGUGACAGAUACCAACCCUGAGGGUCUGUACGAACAAAACUUCUUCCAGUGCAAAAACAGUAAAUGUGUGGAGUACCAUCAGGUGUGUGAUCUUGUUGAUGAUUGUGGUGACUUUUCAGAUGAAAUCAACUGCACUAAUCACAAAGUUAUUGCGCACAAGAGAGCGAAGAAGAAGAAGAAGUGGAUACCCUAUCGGAAGUUGGCUUCACGGACUCUACUAGCAAGAACCUGAUCAGGAGUUAACUGUAGUAAUUUGUUUUUUAAAAGAUGAAAAAUAUGACUUAUCCCUGUUUUUCUGUGUAUCAGAACA